GAAGUAAAAUAUUUUAAAAAGAAAAGUGAACAAGUAAGUCUUCCCGGGCAUCGUGAGUGAGCUGCUCAAGGCAAUGGAGAAACACAAACUGCUCGGAAACAUGGAAGAAACAUGUUAUGGAUCUGUGCACCAAAAAACACCCCAGCCAAUGAGUGAGAGUCCCCAUUCUGGUUCCCCUUCCCAGCCAAUGGAUACAGCUUUUUUGGUUCCAUUAAGCCCAUAUUCAAAUAAUCCCGGAAGCAGCCAGGCUGCUCCCCCAUAUCAGUCUGUUGGAAGAGAUAGUCCUACAGUUCUACUUCUUGGCGCUGGUGCGCAGGACAUGAUGGUCCCUACAGUUUCUCCAUCUGACAUGUUUGAUCCCAUACCUGGCUAUGAAGGAUUGACAAAUGAUAACAGUGAGCGAUUUGUACCGCCUCCCCUUUCAGCCAUGAUCCCAGGUCCUGUUCAGCCGGCUCCUGUAGACCCUGAAUGGAUAAUCCCAUGUAUUACAAAAGAUGCUGCCAAAGAGGCCUUUGUAGAGUAUGCCAUAAAGGAUUGUUGUUACGGCACCUUACCAGCACAAGAGAUGCGAUUCAGAGAGUUUGAUCCCCUUAAUGUCUAUUUUUAUCGCUUGGAAACCUUUACAGAGUCGCGGACAAUUGAGCGGCGGACAAAGCCUUUUGAUGGUCACACAGUUGAUUCAAGAGUGUAUGGAACCCCUCCACAGCCUUGGGAUAUCCCUGUGCCAUAUCCAGCUCUCUUUAAGAAUGAGGAGAAAAAAAUUCCUAUUCCUGGCACCUCCUCUUUAAAGACCUGCCCACAAUGCAUCGGAGUUGGUAAAAUCUUUUGCACCAAAUGUACCGGAACUGGUUGGGUAAAAUGUGGUUCAUGUCUUGGGACAGGACGUCGCCAAGGUGGUGACCAAUGUUACAGCUGUAGCAUCUAUGGAACUAAAAGCUGUGGAUCUUGCAGCAAAGGAAAGCUGAAUUGCGAUGGAUGCUCUGGCACGGGGAAAAUUGUGAACUUCAUUCAGCUGGCCGUCACAUGGAGAAAUAACAUAUUUGAGUUUGUUGCUGAUCACAACUCAGAUUUUCCAUCCAAUCGCAUUCGGAAGGUGACAGGAGUGACACUCUACACUGAUGAACAAGACUUGGUAUCUCCGUUAGUCACUUUUCCCAAACAAUCCAUUAAUCAAGCUUCUCAGGAUGGACAAAAGGAACAUCAUGCCAAAUAUUCUUCUUCAAGCAGAAUACUAAGACAAAGACAAACCAUUGAGUUGCUGCCACUUACUAAAGUGCAUUACACCUGGGAGGGGAGUCCGUACUCCUACUUUGUCUACGGCAGAGAGAACAAGGUUUACACAAAAAACUAUCCAGAGAAGUGCUGGUUCUGUAACCUGCUCUAGAAUUCCUGCUAAACACCACUUACAUCUAUAUGUUAGCGUACUUAUAACUCAGCAUUGUGUAUUGUAGAAAAUACAUGUGUGUAGGGGUUAAAAAUUACCAAAUAAUUUUCAUUUCUUGUAUUCCAAUAAGAUUGUUAUUUUGGACCUCAUUUAGUAAAUAAAAGUACUAAAAAUCAGUGCAAUUUCCAAUGUUUUUUCCCACCAUGCUGUGUUUCUCUGCACUUACAGCACAAAACUUAGAGCGCAAAUUGAGCCAUGACAUCACAAAGCACCGUUUUUAAGGAUAUAAUUCAUGGAUAUAUAUAUAGAUAGAUGGUUUUGGUUUGUCCCUGAGGAAGAGCACAGUUGGUGCUCGAAACGUUGGACUUUUUUUGUUCUAAUAAAUUUGUGAUUUUUUCUGCA